AAGUUGCUUAUGGCAGCAAGCAAUGGCGGUCAAAUCCCGGAGCUGUAACUUGCAGAGAAAACUGUCUAUAUAAACCCCAUUAACCCUCAGCUGUCCUCUGAGCCACAGUCUCGCAUCUCUCUCUAACUCUCUCGACGAAUGAUGGCAACGAAAGCAACCUUACUCAGCCUUUUUUCUUCCAGAGAAAGAGGAAGAGGAGAUGGGGAGCUUUACUCCGCCAUAGCCGCUUCCUCCGGCUCAUCUGGCCGCCUCGCUUCGGCGACUCCACGUCGCCUCAAUUCCUUCCAGGUUCGGGACAUCCUCUCCCGCGCACAGGCGUUCGUCUCCAAGUGGGAUCCCAACUCCUCCGCCUAUGCCAAGAUCACUUCCCUCUGGUACGAGAGCCGCCAGGAGGCCAAGGAGUACGUUCGCUCCGUGAUCGAGCUCCAGGCCGCCAUGCUGUUCCUUGCCUCCAGUAACCCGUCCUCGCCGGACCUCAUCCGCGCGCAGAGCCUGAUGCAGACCGCCAUGAAGCGGUUAGAGAAGGAGUUCUACCAGAUACUCGCCGCUAACCGCGACUACCUGGACCCCGAAUCCGUCUCGGGCCGGUCGUCCACCAGCACUUUGGAGUUCGAGGACGAUAUGAACUUGGACGACGAGAUCAGGGAGGUCGGGAAGUCGAUUGGCGAUGUGGAGAGGGUGUCCGCGCUGGCCAUGGCGGAUCUCGCCUCCAUCGCCGAGUGUAUGAUCGCCACCGGGUACGGAAAAGAGUGCGUGAAGGUUUAUAUGAUCGUGCGGAAGUCCAUCAUCGACGAGGGGCUCUACCGUCUCGGUGUCGAGCGAUUGAGCUCCUCCCGGAUGAAAAAGAUGGAUUGGGGAAUCAUGGAGAUGAAGAUCAAAGGAUGGAUACAUGCCGUAAAGAUCGCCGUCAAGACGCUCUUUUACGGCGAGCGUAUCCUCUGCGAUCAUGUCUUCGCUACGUCCCAACACAUCCGGGAAGCGUGCUUCGCGUCCAUCACCAAGGAAGGAGCGCAACUGCUCUUCGGCUUCCCUGAAGCUGUCGCCAGAGGAAAGAAGUCGCCGGAGAAGAUGUUCAAGAUGCUUGAUCUAUACGACGCGAUCGCGGAGCUCUGGCCGGAUAUAGAGUCCACCUUCUCCUGCGAGUCAUCCAGCGCCGUGCGAGCCCAGGCCGUCUCCGCGCUCACCAAGCUCGGCGAGGCCGUCCGAUCGAUGCUGGCGGAUUUCGAGGCGGCGAUGCAGAAGGACUCGGCCAAGACGCCCGUGCCGAGAGGCGGCCUCCAUCCUCUCACGCGCUACGUCAUGAACUUCCUCUCCCUCCUUGCUGAUUACCGCGACAUCCUAGCCGAUAUCGUCGCCGGUUGGCCGAUGAAGAAGUCUCUUCCGGUUGAGAUUUCCGAUCGCAUUGACGAUAACCCGAUAUCCGGCCGGUUCGCGUGGCUCAUUCUCGUCCUCCUCUGCAAGCUCGACAGCAAGGUGAGCCUCUACAGGGACGUGGCGGUCUCCUACCUCUUCCUGACGAACAACCUCAACUACAUCAUCGGGAAGGUCCAAAGCUCCAACCUCCGGUUCAUCCUCGGCGACAUGUGGCUGCAACUGCACACCGAGAAGCUCCGCCAGUACGCCAUAAGCUACGUGCAGACGGCGUGGAGCAAGGUGGCGGAGGCCCUGACGGAGUUCCCGGAAGAGCCCGACGCCGAGAGCGGGAGAGAGGCGUUCCGGCGGUUCAGCGCUUCGUUCGAGGAGGCGUACCAGUCGCAGACAGCAUCGAUCGUGACGGACGACCGGCUCAGGGAAAGCCUGAAGCUGUCGAUCGCGCGGAUGGUCGUUCCGGCGUACCGCUCCUUCCACGGCCGGUUUAGCGGUUUGCUCAUGGAGGAAGAGGGCCAGAGCGUGGUCAGGUACUCGCCGGAAGAUCUGGAAAACUACAUCUCCGACCUCUUUUACGGGAGCAGUGCCAGCGGCAGCGCAACAUCUUCCAUCCAAUCGCAAGGCUCCUCCCUGUGAUGAAGAGCUCGUCCGUGGUGUGUACAUAGUACAGCAAAAUAAAAAAAAUAAAGAAACGAAUAAAUUUUGUUUAAUUGUAAUAUAAACAUUUGUAACCACAAUUUACGAUACGAAGUUCGUAUUAGAAGGCCAUUCUGGCUCUCAAGUGAGUGAGAAAAUUUUAUGCGCCUUUUUCUUUAACUCAACAAAAUUUUGAUGUAGGCACCUCAUAUAAUAAUUUUAGAGUCACAACAAUGUAAUGUUGAGAUAUUAUAAUGUAAGUUUUUAAUGAGCUGGUGUGGGCAGUGGCCCGUCCCAGCUAACAAGUAGCUUGAAAGAACAUGGA